UUGCUGGGAUUUGAACUUCGGACCUUCGGAAGAGCAGUCGGGUGCUCUUACCCACUGAGCCAUCUCACCAGCCCUGUUGUUAUUUUUGGAUAGCAUCUGGCUUUGACUCACAAGGUUGGUUUUGAUUCUCUUACCUCCAUCUCUCAUUUGCUGGCACUAUAGGUGUGUACUCAUACCCAGCCUCCAGGGUACUCAGUAUUAAACCCACCCUUCCUACCUUAACUCACGUUGCUUCUUUUCCCAAGUUCCUGGAUUGGCACCUCUCUCUGUCUUUGUAUUACAAGAAUAAUCUAUAUUUCAUUUUAGAGUCCUCGGAUUUCUUCAUUUGCUAAUUUUUGUAUGUUAACCAUAGCGUCAUUAUAUUUUUAACUUAUCAGAAAAGGCACACCUUAAACCCGUCUUUGUCUCCCUCAUCACACUUCUUUUAGAGAAAAAUUCUAUGCCUAGAAUCAUUCUGGUAGGCACGCAAAUAUUCCAUAAGGGAAUGGUGUUGGCACUUAGCAACCAAUCAAUAGUUCAUUUGUCUGGGCUCAAUUCAAAAUGAUUUUUUAAAAUUUUUUUAAUUUUUAUUUUUAAUGAAAGCAGAGAACUCUGGGUCAAAGAUUCCCUCUUCACCAUCUAAAUGUGAGAUGGGUUAGGCCUUGGCCAUGACAAGACACUUCAAAGUCAGACUUUACCUCACUGAGUCUCAGAUUUUCCCAUCUUGGUUUCAGGACCUCACUUGUGGAAUGAGGUGAGCGUGUCUGCUAUCUCACCUAUCUUUUGAGGGUAGUACUGCCUUUCAGAUUUCCUGGAGAGACAUUUAAAGUGUUUCCAUGUGUUUUGAGGGAGGGUUAAAGUAUACGGUCCCACAAGAACUGUGGGAGACUGUGCCCUCCCAUACGCAAUAAGAGUGUGAAAUACAAGGUCAGUUACUGGAGUAAACAACAGAUUGUAAACAACAGAAGCUAAAUAAGUGUUCCUUUUCCACCCCCUGAUCUCCUUAGGAGACGCAUCUGAUGUGGGUUAUGAAGUUGGCUAGCAGAACAUUGAGGUUGGUCCAUCUGCUAAUAGGCAGUUAGUGUUCUGUGGUCAGUCUUGGCUGUGCCAUUUUGGUCACAUGACCUUAUUAUUGUGUGAACUCAUAAAGUAUUUAAGCACCAAAGUGAUCACAUACCCCCACAUUCUCUAAAGUGUGGGCCGACAGCCAUGUGUGGACCUGGAGGAAGUUGGUUGGUUCUUUUGUUUAUUUGGUUUUUUUUAAUAGAGAGAUGAGUUAGCUUGCUUUCCUAGUUCUUAGUGGAAACACUUAAACUUUAAAAACGUUUUCCAGCUUGUAAAACCCACACACUAAUAAAAACUUACAAACAUUAUAGAAGCUGGAAUUCAGACAAAGGGAAAGUGCUUUUCAACUCCAUGCAGAAGACCUUGCUGUUCAGGGUUCGGGGCCCGUGUCUUCCAAGUUUUUAUCCACUAGCAUAUAUUGUUGUAGUUUAAAUAGUAGAAGACUAUAUUUUGUAUUUUCCAAAUUACAAAUUCUUGAAGGAAAAGAUUGUGGAAUGAAGGAGCUAGGUGCUUGGGCUAUGGUGACCAGAGCUUUGCCUAGAUUGAGCCUUGGCCAUCAGUGACCUCAUUCUUAAUUUAAUAUGUGAAUCUUUUAAGGACUUAGUGUGUCUUGAGUGAUUCCAUAGAAAGAAACUGUUACUAGUUCUUUUCAGCCCCGAUAAUUCUCAUCCUCCAAAUACACUAGUCUCCUGGAAUGCAGUCCUGUUUUAUUAGUGAAAGAUACAUUUUGUGUGGAUACCCUUUGUCUGAAAUGUCAUUGCUAGAGGCAGGAGCAGAGAGUAAUGUGCACAAGGAUAGAAAGAAAAAAAAAAGGAGGACAGAGGUAGAAACAUAUCAUUAAGUCCCACACUGCCAAAUGUGUCUCAAGUCUUGAGACAAGGGUGGCAUUGAGAUGAGGGAGGGACAUGACUUGUCCUUGAGAACAGGGAACAAGGCCUCAGAAAGGCUUUGCUGAUCUGCCCUGGAAUAGCCCCGAGCCACCAGGCCUCUGAUUCGUGGCCAGAUGGGACCUUACCCUUGUGUCUCCACCAUGCCCUCACCCCGCACCUCCCUUCCACACACAUACAAAACACAGUUUGUCAGUUUUAAGGUGCCGGGAGCCUUCCCCAACACAUAAGCAUCUUUGGGGAAGAAGUUCCCUUGGAGCCCAUGUUUAUGUUUAGUGUGCAUGAGGUUCUUUAGAUCCGGCUAACAUUUUACCUAUUUCCACAUAGUAGAGGACCAGCAUGCAGGUUCUAGGAACUCCUAAUGUGCUUGUGUGGGGAGACAGGCACAUGGUGCUGUGUGGGAAAUGCUUCUGCGACUCGGGGUUCACCUAGCUUUGGGGUACCAGGAAAAGUUCUGUGGGAGAAAAUGUUACUCAAAACCAAUACUCAACUGGAACUGAUUUGGCCCUAAUAGGGGUCAUUUUGUCAUGUUUUAGGGAAGACCAGAAGAGUAAUGAUGGUUAUUAUUCCUGAUUGGCAGGUAGACACUCGUAGCUUCUGAUGGGUACAUAGCUUCUGGAAUGUUGCUCAAGGUCCUCAGUGCCCCGGGAACCCUCAAAGGAAGUGAUCUGGUUUCUGGUGUCAAGGCAGUGCUGAGGUUGAGAGGUUCUGCUCUAAACUGGGUCUGAAGGAAACUCGUAAACUGAAGGUGCUGGGGCAGCUGCUAAAUAUGGAGAGUUGCAGGUGUCCGAGGAAGGAAACUAGUUAAAGGAAAACGUGGGCUUUCGUGGAGUGUACCUCAUAGACAGUGGUUUAACAAGGAUUUGAAGUCGGACUAUCUUACCAUUCUUCUUAAGAAGGUUGGUCGUUCCUGACCCUGGCAGAUGUCGAGAUUUGGAACCCAAGGAGCACGAAAGCAGCCUUAUAAAAAGAGUUAAUCGCAAUCAUGCCAACUGUUUUAAGUCUUUACCCAUGGCAGAGAAUGAUGCUAAAGGCCUUAUAGUUGUUAUCCAGGUCAUAUGUUUGUUAUCUAGGUCAUGACAUACAACAGCCCUGUAAUACAGGCGUCACUUUGCAUAAGUGAGGAUAUAGAGGCUUGGAGAAUUUCAAGGUUGCAAAGAGUUGAUAGGCUAUGGAGGUGAGAACCAAGCCAAGGAUUCUGAGGCUAUCUUCUCUUGGGAGCUUCCAGAUGAAGCAGUCAUGGAACAAGAGCCCACAUCCGGUGAUCAAUCUCCGAUGGGAAAUGGGAGUGUACUUUCCACGGUGGCAGGAAGGGAAUAGGGAAAGGAGGAGUGCCGGGAGGUCCUGACAAAGACCCAUGGAAAAUGGACACCUUUUUCAGAAUUAGACAGUGCAGAGUGGAAGACAGAAGCAGCUCUUCAAACAUCUGGACUGCUGGGGGAGGCACCCAUUGAAGGUUGUGCAAAGCACCUUUGAAGAAGUCUCAAACUUUUACCCUGUCACUAAAGGAAAACAAAUGAGGUUGAACUUUGGCCAGUUUUCCUUCUACUCUCUGAAGUCUCUGGAAGAUGAAACUAGAAUCUAGCUAUUUUUCUCCCAGAAGCCAAAGGCUUUUCAAUGAACUGUAGCAACCCGCUGAUUGAGACUUGAGGCUGAACAGGUAUCCAUUGGAAAUCAUCUCCAGGACCUAAGGCUAGCGUUAGAAAAUUCCUGAAUACAGAUUACCCGAGAUAAUGAAGCCAUUAAAGACCCGGAGGUAGAGUUGUCAAAAGAAUGUAGGCGGAGGAGAAACUCUAAAAGAGGAGUUGAAAUUCUUUGGUGGUCAAUCUUCCUACCAAAUUACUCUGUAUUGUCUUUUUAUUUCACUUUAUCUUAAGCAGUAAAUCUUGAACUCACUUCUUUGAAUGGAAGCAUCAUUUCCUGGGACUAAACACAGGUAGCUCUCUGUCCUUCCCCCACCUAACUUUCUGUUUUCUUAAACAAAUGUGCUGUGGAAUUUGUUCUGCUUUCUUUUAUCUACUCUUGUUUGCUGGAGAAAGGAUCUCCUGGAGCUCUCAAUAACCUCAAAAAUCACUGCCUUGCUAGGAGCUGACCUUGACCUCCUGAUCCCACAGCUUCUACCUCCCUAGUUCUGGCAUAGGCCACGAUAGUCUACUUGUCUGGGUUUUGACCUGAAUUUUUUUUCAAAUUUUAUUCUUAAGCUGGGACUUUUCCUACUUUAAUUAUUAAGUAUGGUGCUGAGUUUAAAGUUUAUCAGGUGUCGUCAGCCUUUUCUGUAUUGAACAAAUUGUCUCUUCAUUUCAAAUAGCCUUGAUGGACUCCCUAUAUUAAAAUACUAGCUUCUUUAUUACAGCACCCCACUUCAGCAUGGAGUGACAGUCCUGUAAUGGGUUGCCGGGGAUUAUUUUAAAAUAACAAUAUUUUCCUCAAUAUCUGGAGAAGGCAUUGGCUGACCUUUUGUAUUUGUGAGACAAGAUGUCAUUAUAUCUCUGGCUGGCCUGAAAUUCACUAAUGAAGAUGAGACCAGCCUCAAACCACCAAGAUCCACCUACCUCAGCCUCUCCUGUACUAGGAUUACUGGUCUGGAGCCACCACACCCAGUCCUAAUCAAGCCACUAUUGUCAGUUGAAACUGAGUUUUGAGGGCUUCUUCACACUGGCUCUGGAAGUCACUUUGGUAAGGAUCCUGGAAAUAGGCCAGGCAGUUUGACAAGCAUCUGGUUUACUAAUUCUAUUGUUUCUUAAAUCUUGUUGGAUAAGCUUUUCAACUCUUUCUUAGUCUUACUGUGUGUGUGUGUGUGUGUGUGUGUGUGUGUGUGUGUGUGUGUGUGUGUGUGUAUGUGUGUGUGUAGGGACAGAGUAGGGUAUCCCUUUGUCAAUUAAUUUUGAUAAUCUCUGAGUUGCUAGAUAAUUAUUAAUUAUAUUAGGUAAAUUGUCAUAACUUAAGCAUUGUAACUUAAAUGAAUGUUUGUACCUACUACCUUAAUCUUGUGAAUUUGUGUUUUGCUCUGCUCCUUUUUAAUUUUAAUUAGGCUCUCCUUUGUUUUAAUUUCAUUUUAAUUCGUUUUAUAUGAGUUUGAAUAAUACACUUACUAAGUCUUGUCAGUAUUUGCUUUUUUUGAUGUUUUGUUUUAGAGGCAGGAAUUCACUAUGUAGUCCUGCCUGGCCUCUAGCUUACAGAAGGCCAUUUGCUGCUCAGGUGCAGGGAUUAAAGAUGUAUGCCACCACACCUGGUUGUAUUUUGACUUCUGGCCCCCCACCCCCUGCCUUUUAUACAUGCUAAGUCUUUAGAUCAUUUUAGUAGUAGUUUUGCUUUAAGAAAUUUUAUUUCUAUUUUUUAAACUUAUUUAUUCAUAUUACGUUUUGAGCCUUUUGUAGCCAAGGAAGAUCUUGAACUGUCCAUCCUUCUUUCUUUACCACUAGGUUUUGGGGAUACAGGCGGAUGCCACCAAAUCCAUUUCUGUGGUAUUGGGACUUGAACCCAGGGCUUCAUGCAUCCUAGGCCUGUAUUCUGUUAACUGAGCCACACACCCCCCAGCCCUGUUAUAGUUUAAUUUAUAAUUUUGAUAUAACUACAAAAUGUCCUCUUAAGUUAUAACUGUUCUUUGCCAAAUUCCACAUUUAGGUAUGUACCCUUUUACAAGUUAGAGUCUGCUGUUCAGAUUUUGUGAUUAUCUGAGAAAUUAUUCAGUAGAAUAUUUUAAAAAAAUUCCCCAAGUGCUUAGAAAUCUGCCUUCUUUCCCCCCACCCCCCACCCCUCCAGCUUUAUUGUACUCUGAAUAGAAACAAUAGACUCUUUUCUAUUUGUAAUUCAUUAUCUCUCAAUUUGGGCAUUAAGGACCUUGGGAAACAUCGGUGGGCACUUGAAAACCUCUGUAAAUAUUCCACAGAUACUCGAAAAACACAAAAGUACGAUUUCUAUUUCUGGGAUCUAAAAUGUAAAAUGUAUCUCUUAACUCAAUUUUGUUAAUGAUAUUAAUUAUAUCCUUAGUUGUCUGUCUCCAUUUAGUCUAUUCAAUGCUCGGGCCUCUGUCUUGUCUGUUGCCAUUGUUUUGGUGUCUCUUGGUGCUGUUAAGUGGACACAGAUAUUCAUUAUAAAUCUUCACUGUGGAUUGUUCUCUUAUGUUAUCAAGUGUUUGUCUUUGCCAUCCAGAGAGCUUCUGUCUUGAAUUUAGCCAUGACUAAUACUAAGGAGGAGCUCUCUCCUUAUUUUAUUUUGCUUAGUAUCUUUGCGAUCAUGUCAUCACACUCAAACUCUGUGUCAUUUGCCUAUGUGCAUGCCUUCUGUAAGCAAAACACAAUUAAAGAUUUAGUUUUCCAUCUACCCAGGGACAUUUUCCAAAGGAGGGGUGAUCCAGUUUCCUCAUAUCCAUAGAGCAUGCGCAUUUGCUCUUGAUCAGUCAUCGGCAUUCUCAUGUUUCUGCUGGGUCUCCUUUGUCUUCUGCAUUUACAGAUCAUCCACAUGGUCUUCGAUUUGCUCCCUCCAGCAAUUGAAAGUUAUGUAAUUGUUUUUAUUUUAUUACCAAUUAGAAGUUAACCUUGACUAAGGUACCUGUACUUCAAUUUGAAGUUUCAUGUAAUUGCUUAUUUAUUUUCCUUUUUAUUUUUUAAUUCUAGGACCUCAUUAUCCCAGGCUGACCUCAGACUUGCUAUAGAGUGGAAAAUGAACUUGACCUUCUGAUUUUCCUUAUUCCACUUACUGGGCACUGAGAUUAUAGGAACUGUUAGGACUGAUGAUUGAGUCUUAACUCUCUUUCUUAACCCUUCAUAGACACUGCCUUGAUGUUGGCCAUUGCUAAAUCCCUCUGUGAAAAACACAAAGGCCACUUAGCGUUUUCCCUAUAUGUCCCAAUGUUAUUAGCUCACCCUUUGAAAUCCUGGUCAUAGCAUGUCUCAAUGUGAGGAUUCUCUCUUCCUCUUCCCGGGAGCAUCAGCCACUCUGUCAUCCUAACUAUUUUCUAUCCCAGAUCUGAGUGUAUUUUGUUUUGCUUUGCUGUCGGCUUCUCGCAUACUUUCAUCUGUGUGUUGGAUCUUUGUGUUCAGCCCUUAUCUGUCAUCUUGUCCUACCUGCUUUCAUCUGCUCGUCCCUCUCUGCCUUCCGAGGAGUGUUCUGAAGACUGUUCUCCACAUCAUCAACUUUGUUUUUGGUUUGUGGAUUAUUCCUCUUAUAACUUUAAUAUAUUUAUUAGCUCUACAGUGGUAUUAUUUGUGUCGUCGGUUUCUUUCUUUAGCUGCCAGCUCCCUUUCAUCUCACGCAUGUCUUAUCACCCAUCUUUGAUCUCGCCCUCCAUCGACUCUCCGUUAAUUGCUGUAUAUCAUUUUCUUCUGUGUCCUGGUUUUCCAAAGAGAUUGCUCAUUGGUCUUCUCCAGGCCAUUUUUUCUUGUCAUCCUCCUUCAGGAUAUUUUCCCCUAACUUGCUGAUUGAGAUAAAACUUUGAGAACUUUUUUAGACUCACCCCUAAAUUUUGUGGGUGAUAAAAUUUCCUUAAGCUCAACUCACUUCUCACCUAAGUGUGAGGUUGAGAUUGGGUGCUUUUUGGGGUUUUUUUUUUUUUUUGGAAAUCCUUCAGUCUUAGGGACCUUGGCUGUGUUUGGAGCAGGACAUGGCUAAUGAAAUUUGUCUCUAAACUCUUGAUUUUAAAGUUUAAGCCUUGUUCCUUUUUUUUUUCUUUAAAUCUUGGUCAAGUCUUUGUUUGCAGAUGCAAGCCCUGCCCCCUCCACCCCUAAAGUCCUUGGCUGGCUUGAAGCAUAGGACCUUCCUUCUCAUGAUGAAUUUCCAAACACCUUUGUGGUUUCUGCAGUUUCUCGUUGACCAUUUAGCUUUGCAUUACAGUGAGGGGGGGUGGGGCAAAAACAAACAAACAAACAAACAAACAAACAAAAACCCAACUACCUGCUGGUCUGGUGGAGAUGUCAUAUUCCUCACAAAAGCUUUUCUUAUGGAAGAUUCUAAAGUCCUGAGGCUUUCCUCAAUUCUAAGAAAUACUCUGACUCCCCUACCCGUUAUGGGUUGCCAUGUCCUACUUUAGAAAUGCCAAGGGUACCAUGUCAUGGGCCAUUCUGAAGUUUGCAAGGAACAUGAACUGCAUCCCAUCAUAGCAAUUUUAAGGAUAAGCAUUGCCCUUAAAAGAUGCUUCAUCAACCCUUAUCAUGCUGGGUCUGCAAAGAAGUUAAAUAUUGGCAGACAUGCGUCUUCUUAAAACUAUAUAAUUAAUAUUCAUUUCAUCAAUUGCAUUUUCUUGUGAAUCUUCUUGGGAUAAUUCUAAAAAAAUGUCUAUUUAUUCCAGAUAGGAAAGACAUUGACCACCGUACUGACCAGGCCAGCUGGGUGAACCAGUGUGUUUAUUGAGGGACAUUUACAAGAAGUAGAGUGAAUCAAAGUCUUCUGGGUCACUAGACCCCUACUCUUGGCCAACCUCCUUCAUAGCACCCCCUAAAUCCCUGUGAAGUUGGAGGUUGGAGGAAGUGGCAGGGAAAAUCUCUGGGGAGGUUCUGGUCUAAACACCCUUCCGUGGAGGGAAUGUUAACAGCCUCUUUCCCAUUUCCAAGGACCCAGCCAUUGCUAUAUUGUCUUGCUAAAUUUAUUGUGCUGGGGAACAGGAGUUGCCUGAGAUUUUCCUUGGCCUAAGGUGUUCCUUCUGGUUACCCUGAAAAUCUCAGUUCUUUGAUGCUUUGGCCAUGCUAUGCCCCGAGGGACUUGGGAUAACGUAAAUGCAUCUGAAGCAGGAUUGCAGUGUAGCAAAAAAUGUCGUUGCUUUGAAGCCUAGCGAGUGGUCUCAGGGCAUCCUACUGCAGAGAAAAGCAGAACUUGAUCUUAAAACUGGGCCUUACUCUGAUGUUGCCUAACUAGUUGAUUCUGUAUUACCUGAGAAUUUGCAUCCCAAUUAGUUUGAGUUCCUGCAGCUGCUACUGCCUGUGGUCUUUGAGAAUCAUUGUCCUAAGGGAUGGGAGUUACCUGGAACCUCAGUAGAAAUAGUCUUAUGUAGAAGAAAACCAGGAGGAGCCAUGGGCAUGUCAGGAUCUUCUCAUCACUCAUACUGGACACUGCUGUUAAAGCCGUUUAUGAAAAUAUACUUUUAUGGUUGAGGAUCAUUCCUAGCUUUCUGAAGGUAUUUAACUAUUAAAAAAAAAUCUGAAAAUUAUCCCCUAGUAAUUAAAGUAGAGAGCUCAAAGAAUAAAGGGUAAAGAUAAGCCAGUAGGGAGGCUGUGACAGUGUGAUGGCUAUGAGUUCAAGAUCAGUAUGGGCUAUAGAGAGUACAGUCAGGGCUCCUUAUAUCCAGACCCUGUUAUAAUAACAAAACUUAAAACGAGAAAGAAAGAUAAGUUAGUAUGUUAGUCAAUAUAUAAAAAAGACUUGGUGGAACAAGCCUUUAAUCCCAGGACUCUGGAGGCAGAGGCAGGCACAUCCCUGAAUCUGUCCAGCCUGGUCUACAGAGUGAGUUCCAGGAUGGCCAGGGCUACACAGAGAAACUGUGCUUCAUAAAAACAAAGAGAAGAAAAAAAAUAAUUUCAUAUUGCUGUGAGUUUAAGGAGAAAAUAGAUGUGUUUGGUUUCAUCCCCAGGUCAAGGGACUGAGGUGCCUAUUUUACAUACCAAAGCAGACCUGGCCUCCAGGUUCUCCCAGCAUCCUUCAGUCCCUACCUGGCAUACCCUGCCCCCAACCUUGAAUUUUCUAGCUCAGGAGCUGGACUUCCCCUCCUCCUGAGUCUCUUCCCUAUAUAAUUCAGACAUUUUGCACUCUCUCUCUCUCUCUCUCUCUCUCUCUCUCUCUCUCUCUCUCUCUCUCUCUUCCCCUCUCUCUCUCCCCCUCUCUCUCCCUCUCUCUCCCUCUCUCCCUCUCCCUCUCUCCCUCUCCCUCUCCCCAUCUCCCCCUCUCCCCCUCUCCCCCUUAUCCCACACCCCACCCCCCACCCCACCCCCGUGGUGACUUGCCUGGCCUUGGUCCUUGGGGCCAGUAAACUCACUCCCUGGUUUACAUUGUGUCAUUUCACCUCAUUGGAGAAAUAACCUACCAGUGCUUUGCUUGACACAUGCCAUCGACGGUGUUCUGACAUGAUGUCAGUCUGCAUGGCUCAGUGGGUAGACCACAGGGAAGCUGACUUCAUUGCUAGGUGUUUCUGACUGCUCUGCUUUCUUCUCCCAUCAGUCUGACCCUCAUUUUUCCAGAUGUCCCUGAGGCUCUUUCAGUCAAGCUCUUUAGUGACUUUGUUGACAGAGUACAUUUUUCAUAAGAAGCAAAAGGAUGUUUCUCACAGAGUGGACUUGGGGACAGUAAAGCUCCCCCAUAACUUGGGGAGUCUGAAGAAAGAUCACUCAGGGUUACAGCUCUCUCUUUCCUCUCUUCGUACCUUUGUCAGCAUCCUCAGUUCUCCCGAAUGCACUUAGCAAAAGUAUGAACACAGCGCUUGGGCGCCUGAGAAGUUCCUUGAAUACGCCACAGCUUUAUCUCCUUUUGUGUUCUUCUCCUGAGUUUGAAUUCCUAGCAGAGGAGACACUGGAGGUGCAAUGCAAUCUAUUGCCUCCCAGGGAAGAAACAAAGUUUACUGGAAAUGCAUAAACUUGGACUUGAAGUGGGAAGAGCUGUUAAUAAACUGAAUUACAUGUAUGUCCUCACUGUUGACUUCCUUUCUCAAAUUAUGUUUCAUAAGCUCCCCCCCACCCCCCCGCCCCUUACCCCUUCAGAGAGGUACUUUGGUUUAUUAUCUGAAAGAUAAAGAUGUUGGUGUAAAUUGUGCUACCUAGUCUUCUUAAGAUUUCUGAUCUAGUAGAUGUGAUGAGCCUACAGAUAAUCAGCUUUUAGAGUAGAUUCUUCAGGAAGGUUCAAAUCACACAUCACUUUAGCUAAGGAAGAGAAGCUGCUCCUAUGGAAAUGUGUGAUGUUUCCCUCCUCUAAAAGCAUGGUUCCCAUAUAUAAGGGGGGAGGUGCUUCUCAGGGUUCCUGAGAAUGUUUUUCAGAUGAGCAUUAAGUGGUCGUGAUGGUUUGUGUGUGCUUGACCCACGGAGCGGCACUAUGAGCAGGUGUGACCUUGUUGGAGUAGGUGUGUCACUGUGGGUGUGGGCUGUUAGUUAAGACCCUCACCCUAGCUGUAUGGAAGUGAGUCUUCUACUAGCAGCCUUCAGAUGAUGUAGAACUCUCAGCUCCUUCUGCACUAUGCCUGCCCGGAUGCUGCCAUGUUCCUGCUUUGAUGAUAAUGGACUGAACCUCUGUACCUGUAAGCCAGCCCCAACUAAAUGUUGUCCUUAUGAGAGUUGCCUUGGUCGUGGCAUCCAUUCACAGCAAUAAAGCCCUGACUAAGACAGAAGUUAGUACUAGGAACUGGGAUGCUUCUGUGAUAAGCCUGAUGGACCAUGCUUUUGUUUAGAGGAAUGUGGAUUUGGGGACUUUGGAAAGCAGUGGGAUGCUUUAAGUUGGGCUUAAUGGGCUAUCGUAGUAGGAAGAUGGAAAACUUCGUUGCUGAGUGUGAUCUGAACUGUGCAGACCUGGCUCAAGAGGUUUCAGUGGAGAGGAAUUUCAGAAUGUGGCCUAGUGACUGUUUUUGUGGUAUUUUGGUGGAGAAUGGGGCUGCUUUUAGCCCUUGUUUGAAGAGUCUAGCAGAGUCUAAGGUAAAGAGAUUUAUAUUAAUUGUAUUGACAAAGGAAGCUCAAAAAAGUCCAACAGAGACUUUGUUCUCUGGUUAAGUCUCAUGAAGAGCGUUCUGAACAAGGAUAGCAAGCUUAGAAAGGAAACAUAUAAAAUAUAUGGUUCAGGUAUUAAAGGGGCACUAGGAACUGAAAUAGAACUGAACCCUAUGUUCUAGGAGCUAACAGAUUAAGGGAUUUGGGGGCAACAUCCUAUCUAGGUAAAUUUAGAUCCAGGCAUGGUGGUACACACCUUUAAUCCCAGCCUUACAGGAGACAGAGCCAUGCAGAUCUCUUGAGUUCAAAGGUCAAUCUACAGAGCAAGUUCCAGGAAAGCCAAGCUUAGGCAGAGAGGGAGUGGGAAAACAGAAAGCUGGUAAUAGAAUAAGGGGGAGUAUGCUCCAGCCCCAGCGAGCAGCAGAACUUGGCAGCUUCAGCCAUGUAGCUCUGGCUUUAGAGUCAAGAAGAGAAGGGACUACUGGGAAAAUUGAUGCUGGUCAGCUGGAGCUAAGAAACUAGUGGUGAUUAAGAAGAGACUAGUAUCACUGAGGUGAAGUCUUCUGGGAAGUGUUUUCUGAGAGCAUAUAGAAUCUGUGUUCCAGAGAUAGUCAAGGUUGUACCUCCUGCACAGCUGGACUUGGUAAUGGGUAAGAAUCACCCAGGUGGUACUGGUUUUGAAGGCAUGAAGGGGUCAUGAAGAGCAGCUGAAGCUUGGCACUGAGAGAAGUCAGGGAAAACCAUUGGUGAAGGUGCAGUCUCAAUUGUAGUUGACAGCCCAGGACCGAACAGGUCAUGCAAAGGAUUUAAGACUUGGCACCGUGAAGAGAGCCUAUGAGAGGCUAUUGGUGAAACCUAGUUACAGCAGAAGACCCCAGUGUAUUGGGGGCCAGUACCAUGGAAUGAUCACCAAGGACAGCAGCAGCAGUGUAAGUAGAUCAGUCUGAGCUUAGAAUGCUACAGAGGGCAGAAGUGGAGAAGUGGUGCUAGCCUUUUGGAGGAGCCCAGAAGAUGAGUGGAUCCCAGACAUUGAAACAAGAAGCUGUAACAUUGAAGUUGCCUCGGAUACUCCUAAGAUUUUCGAGAUGCCAGAGCUGUGGGCUAUCUGCUGAGGAAUGUUGCUAACAGGGUGUGGAACCAGCCCAGGAAAAGAAGUUCAUUGCAGUCAACAAAGAUGAAAAAGGAGUUGGAGAUCUGAAGACCUCUUUAACAUUAGACAUGGAGAUGCAGAGUUUGGAGUUUGCCCAGUUGGUUUCCUGUCUUGAUUUAGGGAUUAUAGUUAAGUGAUUGGAUGGAUCUCAAGAGACAUUGAACUUUGCACUUUUAACAUUGUUGAGAAGUUGGAUUAAAUGUACUUUUUGUUGUGCUAUGAGUAGAUAGGGCCCCCGUAGACUCAUGUCUAUGAACCUAUGUCUACAAGCCUAUGGAGGCCAGGUAGUAGAAUGUGCUGGUUUGUAUAUGCUUGGCCCAGUGAGUGGCACUAUUAAAAGGUGUGGCCUUUUUGAGUAGGUGCCACUUCCACUGUGUGUGUGGGCUAUUAUAAGACCCUAGCUGGCUGGAAGUGAGUCUUCCACUAGCAGCAUUCAGAUGAAGAACUCUCAGCUCCUCCUGCAUCAUGCCUGCCUGGAUGCUGCCAUGCUUCCACCUUGAUGAUAAUGGACUGAGCCUCUGAACCUGUAAGCCAGCCCCAAUUAAUUGUGGUCCUUUAUAAGACUUGCCUUGGUCAUGAUGUCUGUUCACAGCAGUAAAACCCUAACAACGACAAUGAUUUUGUGGAGGGAAGGUGAUCACAUGGUCUCCAGUGUAACUACACUUGUCAAUCAGCUUAGGACAGUUUAGCAGUGUAAUAUCUGCAUGGAUGGCCGGGCGUGGUGGCACACGCCUUUAAUCCCAGCACUCAGGAGGCAGAGGCAGGUGGAUCUCUGAGUUCGAGGCCAGCCUGGUCUACAAAGUGAGUUCCAGGAUAGCCAGGGCUAUACAGAGAAACCCUGUCUCGAAAAACCAAAAAAAAAAUAUAUAUAUAUAUAUAUAUAUAUACACACGCAUGGAUGGAACAAGGCUACUGGGGAUACCAUCUCCAUGGAAGAAGCCCCAAAUUCCUAGAAUGUUAGGAAUCAGCUAAUGGCUAUAACGAAGCUUUCUUAGCUGGGAUGGGAGUGGUGUUCUAUAGCACCCUAUUUGGUUCUAUCUAUCUUUAUUUCUAUUUUUCUAUCUAUGAAUCAUCUUUCUAUUUUUCAUCUAUUUGUCUGUUUUUAAUGACCUUAUCUUGAUUUUGUACUUUUCUCCUGGAAAUUAGGCAAGCAUAUAGUCACUCAUUCAAACUCACCAGAACCAGACCUGGCUGGGCCCUGGGGAUAAAAAGAAAAAAAAAUUGUCAUUUGAAGGUGACUUUUGAAUAGCCAGAGGCCUUAUCGCCUUGAAGGAAGAUAACUUUACACACCAACAGAAGAUCUGUAUUGCAUUUUUCAUAGAAAUUUUGGUUGGAGACCAUAUACUUAGUGUAGAACUUGCCCUUUUUAAACAAUAUUGUCCCUUUACCAAAUUCAGAUGACGAACAGUGCAAGGAUCUUAACACCAGCGAAGGGUAGGAUAAUCAUGUGCCUCCAUCUUGAAACUUUCUUGAGAGACUUUCAGUGAAAUUACCAAAAUCAGAAAAUAGGACUAAAUAUUUUAUAAGGGCUGUUAAGAUCAAUUAGAACGACACUCAAGAAGUUGGAAGAGAAGUUGUUAGUUAUUUGGGCCAGAGAUGAACUAGCUAUGACCCCAGGAAGUGCUAGAAAAGAGAUCCUUAAAAUAGCUUGGAACGAGCUCGUGAAAUGGCUUCCACUCUCAAUGCUGACAUGACUUCCACUCUUAACAUGGACGCCAAGGAUCGGAUGAUUCUUCCCUUUGGGUCUUGUACAUUGGGGGGUGUUAGCAGCAUCCCUGCCUCUGCCCACUGGAUGCCAGUGGCAGCCCUAUGGUUUGUGGUCAUUAAAACUAUACGCAGACAUUGGUAGACUCCUUAAGUUGGAGAUGAUGGGAGCAGAAUCAGCUCUAGUUGGAAUCACUGCUUAGUGACAUGGGGUUUAUGCAUGACUGAUGGCCAGUCUAGUCUUGUGGUGUGUUAGCCUCCUGUCGUUUGGAAGCUCUCAUUUCUGUUCAUCUUGUAUUUGCUGUGUAUCUGUGCUGAGUAACUGCCCCUCCCCCUCCCUCAGACUAAAGUUAACCACGUGAGCAAGACAGAUGAACAGAGCAAGCGGAGACCUGUUCUCAGUUGGUUCUUUUGUUAAUGAAGGAAACCGUUUGAAGGACUCUGCUCCAGGUGUGUGUUCUAGUGGGGCAGAAAAAAAGAAAACCAAAAAACAAAACAAAACAAAACCAGGGAGCAUGCCAGAAACGAAGAAAAUGAUGAAGCAGGAGAGAAACUGAGCAUGUGCAGUUGUGGGAAGAUAGUGACUAGUGUUAGAUGAGGAUGUCAGGAAAAGAACCUUGGAAGACAGACAGGAUUUGAGUGUAGGCCUGGAUGAUGGGAAGGCAGCCGUGGGAAGAUGAUGAGAAGUAAGAACUCAGUCGGCAAAGCGCCUUCUCAAAUAUGAGAAAGAAAUCGUGUAAAACAGGGGUUUUGUUCAAAACUGGAUGAUGGACAUUAUGAUCUGAUUUGUUCAUUUAGUAAAAGGACCAAAGUUAGGGCCUCAAAAGACUUGCUCAAGUAAAGAUGGCAGGCAGUGUACUGUCACUAUUUGGUUUUAGUGACCUGAGGACAGGACAAAUUCUUUAAUUGUCCGGACAGGCAUUUCUGCAGUCUCUCUCCCUCUCCCUCUCCCUCUCCCUCUCCCUCUCCCUCUCCCUCUCCCUCUCCCUCUCCCUCUCCCUCUCCCUCUCCCUCUCCCUCUCCCUCUCCCUCUCUCCCUCCUCCCUCCCUCCCUUCCCUCCUUCUCUUUAAUGGCUCAAUAGUGAGUUUUUAUCCUUUAAAGAGUGGUCGUGGGGCGUGGCUAAGUAUCUGAGCACCUUGGUGGUUUCACAGGGCCAUAAAGCCCAUGCAGUUGUGUUACAGGCAAAUAUCUAAGAUUUCUGAGUAGUUCUUGGGGGACAGCAGCUUCUUAGAGCAGACUAUAUUUUAGAGCAGGAAAUAUUUGAGAAUUAAAAGACAGUAACCAUUCCCUAGCUGUCAGAAACAGUCUCGUAGUGGGUGAGGCAGUAGCUCCCUUGGUAGAGAGAGUGCUUGUUUGCCAGGCAUGGUAGUGCAUAACUCUGAUCAUAGCACUGGGGAGGCAGCAGGGUCAAAAGGCUCAGGCUCAGCUAUGCAGUAAGUUUAAGACUGGCCUGAGACCCUUUCUCAAAAAAAAAAAAAAAAAAGGCAAGAGAAAAAUUCCCAAACCCAAAUUUGUAGGUGCCCAUCACUUCCUUAUGUAAAUGCAUAGAAUGGUUUUUUUUCAGGGAGUCUGCUAAUUUGGUAAGGAAGAAACAUGGUUUACUGAAGAGCUCCGGUGUGGUAGCAGCCAAGAAAAGAGAUAAAUCCAAAAGACACCCACAUUUUAUAAAGCCUUCAUGCAUAAGGGCUGCACCUUGCUUUCCCUGUAGAUCCAGUUGUGGGGUUGCUUAUACUUUUUCUCUCCUCCAACUCUGAGUGCCGCGGAUUGUCACGCUUAGUGUUCUCUGGUAGAAGACGCCUGAUUGAAAGAAUAAGUAUGUGAUGGCCUACAGUAGAUUCAGGCCAAUUCUCAGGUAAAGACAGUAACCAGUUUGAUCUUAUUCAUAUAACUUAUUUUUAUGCUUAAUGGUGUGUUGCCUGCAUAUAUGUCUGUGUGAAGGUGUCAGAUGCUCUGUAACUGGAGUUACUGUGAGUACCAAGAAAUUAGUAUGUUUUCAACUGUGAGUAUUAAGGAGUUAAUAUGUUUUCAACCAACAUAUGAUAAUUGCACAUAUUGGGUGUGCAGAGAGAUUCUUCAAUGUUCUCAUAAUGGGUAAUUAUUCGAUUGAGGUCAUUGGGAUAUCAUUGUCUCACCUGUAUCUUUGUGGGGUGUGUGUGUGUGUGUGUGUGUGUGUGUGUGUGUGUGUGUGUGUGUGCAUACAUACAUAUUCAGAAUCUCCCCUAUUAGGAUAAUCAGUCAGUUAACUGUUGUAAGCUAAAGUUAUUCCACAGUGCUAUAUGGAAGGUUGAAAGGCAUUCUACUCUAAGCCUGAAGUUGCUCCAAUAGUCAUGUUUAGCAUGUAUGAGAGCCUGUGUUUGAUCCUUAGCACCAAAAUAAAAGCAUUCUAUCCAUGCAACUCUAUUCUACCCAUUAACCGCCCCCCCCCAAUACUAUUCUUCUCAGGCUCUGUCUCUUUGAGAUAAACUUUCGUUCCCACAUAUAAGAGAAAAAUGUGGUCUUUAUUGUUCAUGGUCCUCUGUUCCAUUCAUGUCACACACAUGAACUUGUCCAACUUUUUGGACAAACAGGGAGUGGACAAAUCUCCCAAGAGAUUAGAUUGGGAGUGUAGGCCUUCCCCAGAUAAAAGAGGUUCCUCAGACAAAACUUUCUUAACUACUCCCCAAGUCAGCAGCCAAUCAUCAUGGUUGUUUUUGAAUAAGAGAUAAACAUUAGGAUGAUUUCUGAUUCAUUCACCAGACUCUGAAUGGAGAGUUGAUGUCAUUGUGUGUGGCUGGGUCUUAAUAGCCAGGGGUAGUUUCGGCUGUGAAGCUACAUUAAAUGUCCGAGACCCGUUGGGCUGCUGAGCCCAUGAGGAAAGAGGCAGAGCUCGUUUCUCGUCUUUCCUGAUGUGGACGGUGGCUUGCACUGUAGGUUCUGCUUACUCUGCGUCUCAAUCAACUCUGUAAUGAAGACCCGGCAGCGUAUCUGCAACUUCCCUUUAAUUUUACAAUUUUUAUAAUGAGAGUCCUUGUAGUGUGGAAAGUGCCUGUAGAAACCCAGCCAGCAUUUUGAAGAGUCUGUAAAGGAACACAGUGAUUUCCUGUCUCUGCCAUUUGGGUGAAAUUUGGCUCUGGGAGAGAGAAAUCAGUUCUCUCUUGUUUGAAAUACAGGGGGUAAGAAUGGGUUCAAAGUUUUCAAAAAUCUUCCCCGUGAGCCCAUGGCAUUUCAGGGAAUCCUCUGCCCUGAUUACUUCUUACUUAUUUACUUAUUUGACACCAAGAACACGUUCCCAUUAUUUUAAAGAACAUGAUGAGCCAGGCUCUGAUUUUUUUUUUAUUUUUUAAUUUUAUUUUUUUGGAGAGAAUUUUAGUGUUGGAGAAGCAUCUUCAUUUGGUUUCAAAGCAGCAUUUCAAGAAAAUGGUCUGGACACGUCUCAGAAUUAAGAGUUAUCUGGUAAACUACAGGUUUGCCUCCAUAGACAAUGAAGCCUAAAGCUGCUGAGAUUCCACCCAGCUUCCUCCCUUUCUUGUCCCUUCUCUCUUUUUAUCUUCUUGUUCAAAUCACAGGCUUCCUUUUCUAAGGACAGGAGUGUUGGCAGACUGCCUAUUGGCUAGUUGGCCUCAAUUAGCCUUAUAUCAUUGCAAAGGAAUGCCUGAAUUCUCUACAAGGUCUGUUGUACCUUUUUGUAGGAGACACUCACUUCCCGCGUUCAUAACAGGUUACCCAGUCAGAAUCAUUUCUUGCAUACAUAGCUGACAAUUUUUUUAGCCACUUAUUUAAUGACAGCUCUUGAUGCUCAUCUCAUGUGAAUCAUGACCUCCACAGAUAUUUGCUGUGAAAUGUUACUCUGGCAUGCUCUAGAACAUUGAAAACUUUGUUCAGCAGAACCAUCCUAAAAUCAGAGCUAACUCGGAGACUUGCAUCCCUGUCUGGAAGAUGACUGAGUUAUUAGUCUACAGAUGGCUUGCUUUCGACUUCGUGCUCGUGUCUAAGGCCCUGGAGAUGGAUAAGACUGACCCUGCACCACGGAGGCUGCGUGCAUUGCCAGGCUUUGGUCUCAUGGCUUUCCCUGCUACUAUUUCAAUUGAGUUUCAUAUGGCCGGGUUACCUACAUGACUGCAAAUUAAUCCUUUCUUUUCUGAAAAAUUGUUUUUGAAGAACAGCUGUGUCUCUCUUCUCAAUUCCUUAAUUAUUUAUCCUCCCUGAUAAGUUAAACCUUUUGUUAAUGUGGUAAAUUGCCAAGAGCACACAGCCCUGCUUAGAUCAUGUAGCAAACUGUAUAAACAUUUGAUAGGACAUUUGAAGACACCACAUGCUGAGCCACGAUCUAUACUACUACCAAGUGCUGUGGGAUCAAUAAAGGUAGCUUGGUGUAGGAAUCCUUUGUUGUUGUUUCCUUAACUAACGUGAGAAUGCUCAGAACAAGACUGUCCUAGGUCUUGCCAGACUUGGACAUCCAGGACUCUAUAAGAUAUCAAGUUAAAUCAACAGAAUUAGCUAGUUCACAUAUUCAUGCUCACAUACACAACUUAUAUAUGUGUGUGUAUACAUAUGUAUAUAUAGUAGAUAUCGUGCUUACAUAAUUGGUCUAUAUUUAUAUUUGUAGUUGCAUCCUCUCACUGCUGGUUCUGGGAUACCACCUCAUAUUCCCAAUUAAGUGCUGUUGAGAAAGAGUCUUUAAAUGAUUCUAAAUGAGUAGAACUUUCACUUUGGCCAUGACAAGAACAAAUGAUUAGUAGCGAUAGAAAACACUCCUCUUUGCCAAGAAUAACAACCCUGAAUUUAUAAGUUUAUCAGUUAAUAUUUGACUUCUACAUUGUAUUCUGAGGUUCUGGAUUUGUUACUAGAAAGAACAGCCUAAUACAUCCCCUAACCUGUUGACCUCAUUGUAUGAAUAGCCCGUGACCUGUAAAUACAGUUUUUCAGGAUGGUGGUUAGGUUUCUGUGUAUUUCUGGUCAGGCAGUUGUAACAUGUAUGCAUUCAUUCUGUUACCCUUCUUCUUGGAUAAUUCGUAUUCCCACUCAAAGGAAAGUAAGACAAACAUGAAGAACAAACAGCACGUGAUAACUCAAGCCCUUCCUGAGAAUUGUGACUGAGGACAUCUGGGGAUCUUUCAUGUCUUAUAAAUGAAAGUAGGUUUCUGGAGUGGACAGAGGAGAAGCACCUUCUGCUCUAUCUGGAUCUAGUUCUCAGAGGCUUUAAAAGUUAUAAUUAGUUGCUACUUAAUCACGUGGCUGUGGGCCUUCACAGCUUCAUUUCUGAUCUGCAGCCCUGUGGUCAGAGCACAGAUUAGACGGGCAGGGCCUGGGUGUUUUUGUUUGGUCACUUCCUGGAGACACUUGGACUUUGCCUCGAGGACCCCCUUCUGCUCCAGGCCAUCAGGCUAGAAGAGUAGUGUUUGCCAAGCUGACCUGGACAAGGGUUGAAAGCAGCAGGCUUGUGAGAAGGCUGUGAAGCGACAAGAACACCUCCCCUCUCCAGUGUCACGUGAGCUUGCGAGGAUACACAGCAAAGACAUGUUUUGAUGCUUUCUUCCCCCCAAAAGGAAACUCAGGAUGCAAUGGACCCUGGAGUUCCCAGCACCAGUGUGUGGGCAACGAGCUUAGUGGAAAUUGGUGAUGAGAGUGAGAGCAUGCAGUUGUGCCCACUCUGCCCCUCUCCUCAGCCGGUGUGUUUUCAGAUCUCUAGCAUGGACUGUGGACUCUCUCUAAGUAUGUCUUUAAGCCAUUGCUAAACAUAGACAAUGGGCCUGGGAGCUGUUCCUGCAAACACUAUACUUUGAACUCAUAGACUUUAAAUAUGAAGGAAAGAAGCCCUUCAUUAAGCAUAGUUUGAGGAAGAGUUAGGAUGGUUUAAGAGUUUCCUGUUCAGAGCACUGCUCACUUAAGGUGAAGGUUAGUUUAGAGUGAAGUCUAGUCAGUUCCCAACUGUCAUCAGCCAUGGUGUUAGAAGUGGGGUUUACCUGAAGGAAGCAUAUCUGGCCUUGAGGAACCUGCAGCUAUGGCCCUGGGAGGGACAGGUAGUGGGAGGGAAGGAUGUCUGUUUGGUUUCUACAUUGAUCUCCUGACCUUUAGAAAUAACAUUUCUUUUUCAGUUCAGAAACUUGCAUUUGUCCUCUUGGUUGUGCUGAUUCUGUGAGGAAAAGGUGGUUAAAUCUCCUAAUCACGGGUGUUAUUAAAUGAGGUUCCUGAUGUGAGAGGGUAGCCCCCGAUCAUGGAGGUGCUUCAGUGCGAUGGCUGUGACUUCCGAGCCCCAUCUUACGAAGAUCUCAAGGCACACAUCCAGGAUGUCCACACGGCAUUCUUACAGCCAACUGAUGUUGCCGAGGACAAUGAUGACGAGCCACUAUCUGGGUCCAUGAAUGCUAGUAAUCAGACAGAGGUGGAGUUCUCUUCUAUAAAGGAUGAGUUUGUGAUUGCAGAGGAUUUACCAGGUCAAAGUGCAACUGCGUUGGGGAGCGGAGGUUACUAUGGCCACAGUCCAGGAUAUUACGGUCAGCAUAUUACCCCUAAUCCCAAACCAACCAACAAAUUUUUUCAGUGCAAGUUCUGCGUACGCUACUUCAGGUCAAAAAAUCUCCUCAUAGAACAUACUAGGAAGGUCCAUGGAGCUCAAGCUGAAGAGAGUCCCACAGGACCUCCUGUCCCAGGAUCCUUAAAUUAUAAUAUCAUGAUGCACGAAGGAUUUGGAAAGGUCUUUUCUUGCCAGUUUUGCACAUACAAAUCACCUCGGAGGGCAAGGAUAAUUAAGCAUCAGAAGAUGUACCACAAAAACAGUCUGAAGGAGUCCACAGCGCCACCACCUGCCCCUGCUCCACUGCCAGACCCUCUGGUUCCACCUGUGUCACUGCAGGACCCCUGCAAGGAACUGCCGGCAGAGGUUGUUGAGCGCAGCAUCUUAGAAUCUAUGGUCAAGCCUUUGACCAAGUCUCGGGGCAACUUUUGUUGUGAGUGGUGUAGCUACCAGACCCCCCGCAGAGAACGCUGGUGCGAUCACAUGAUGAAGAAACACCGCAGUAUGGUCAAGAUCCUUUCUAGCAUCCGGCAGCAAGAAGGGCCUAAUGUCUCUGAAGCGCAGAAUGAUAAUGAACCCAGCCCCACCUCCAACUCCACCUACCUGUCCAUGAAUGCUGCGAGCCGGGAGAUGCCCAACGCUAACGUCUCCAAUUUCAGGGGCUCCAUGGGCAACUCCAUCAUGAGACCUAAUUCUUCUUCAACUUCCAAGUUUUCUUCUUCUAUGUCUUACCCUCAGAUGAAGCCGAAGUCACCUCAUAAUUCUGGCCUUGUGAACUUGACGGAGAGGUCCCGUUACGGAAUGUCUGACAUGACGAAUUCAUCUGCUGACCUGGACACUAACAGCAUGCUAAAUGACUCUAGCUCUGAUGAGGACUUAAAUGAGGUAGACAGUGAGAAUGGUUUAAGUGUUCUGGAUCACCAGGCGUCAGGACUGUCUGCAGAGCAGCUCAUGGGCUCUGAUGGCAACAAGCUGUUAGAGACCAAGGGGAUUCCAUUUCGAAGGUUCAUGAAUAGAUUCCAGUGUCCCUUUUGUCCUUUCCUCACCAUGCACCGCCGUAGCAUUUCCCGCCACAUAGAAAAUAUCCACUUAUCUGGAAAGACCGCUGUCUACAAAUGUGACGAGUGUCCGUUUACUUGUAAGAGCUCAUUAAAACUCGGGGCUCAUAAACAGUGUCACACGGGUACGUCGGAUUGGGAUACUGUGAAUUCUCAAAGCGAAAGCCUGUCUUCCUCGUUGAAUGAAGGAAUGGUAUCUUACGAGAGCUCCAGCAUCAAUGGUAGAAAGUCGGGAGUCAUGUUGGACCCCUUACAGCAGCAGCAGCCACCACAGCCACCUCCGCCACUACCACCACCACCACCACCACCAUCACAGCCACUGCCGCAGCCUCCACCUCCACCGCUGCAGUCACCACACCAGGUGCCACCACCAACCCAGCAGCCACAGCCACCCACACAGGCCCCACCUUUGCACCCUUACAAGUGCACCAUGUGUAGUUAUUCCACCAUGACUCUGAAAGGGCUAAGAGUCCAUCAGCAGCACAAACAUUCAUUCUGCGACAACUUGCCAAAAUUCGAGGGGCAGCCCUCGAGCCUACCACUGGAAAAUGAGACGGAUAGCCACCCCUCUUCCAGCAACACUGUGAAGAAAAGUCAGACCUCAAUUCUUGGAUUGUCCUCCAAGAAUAACUUUGUAGCUAAGGCCAAUAGGAAGCUUGCUAGUGACUUUCCUCUUGACUUAUCACCUGUGAAGAAGAGAACAAGGAUUGACGAGAUAGCCAGCAAUUUGCAGAGCAAAAUCAACCAGACCAAACUGCAGGAAGACGCGAUCAUCAACGUCGAGGACGAUGAGGAGGAAGAGGAUGACAACGAAGUCGAGAUCGAGGUUGAACUGGACAGGGAGGAGGAGGCAACGGACCCCAUCAUGGAGGUGCCCACUGCCUUUUCAGCCCAACAGAUCUGGGCCAGAGACGCUAGUGAGGCCCAGAAGGAGCCCAACUACAGAAGUAUCACUCAUGAUUACACUGCCACCAAUGGGGCGGAGAUCGAGCUCACGCUUUCUGAAGACGAAGAGGAUUACUACGGCUCUUCAGCAAGCAUGAAAGAUCAAGUGUCCAAUGCGGCUCUGCUGAACACCCAGCCCGCUAUCUAUGGGACGGAACCCAGUAAUGAAAAUACCGAUUUUGGGGACUCUGGAAGGCUUUACUAUUGUAAACACUGUGACUUUAAUAAUAAAUCUGCCCGGAGUGUUAGCACCCACUACCAGCGAAUGCACCCAUACAUUAAGUUCAGCUUUAGGUAUAUCUUGGACCCCAAUGAUCACAGCGCAGUGUACAGGUGCCUGGAAUGCUAUAUUGACUACACCAACUUUGAAGACCUCCAACAGCAUUAUGGUGAACACCACCCAGAGGCCAUGAAUGUACUCAACUUUGACCAUUCGGACCUGAUCUACCGAUGUCGGUUUUGUUCUUACACUAGCCCGAAUGUCAGAAGCCUGAUGCCGCAUUACCAAAGAAUGCAUCCCACGGUGAAAAUCAACAAUGCUAUGAUCUUUUCAAGCUACGUUGUAGAGCAGCAGGAAGGGCUGAAUGCUGAGUCCCAGACCCUGCGGGAGAUUUUGAAUUCAGCUCCCAAGAGCAUGGCGACGUCCACGCCUGUGGCUCGCGGUGGUGGCUUGCCAGCUACGUUUAACAAAAACACUCCUCCCAAGACCUUUACUCCAGAAUGUGAAAGCCAGAAGGACCCUUCAGUGAACACCGUUGUCGUUUACGAUUGUGACGUUUGCUCGUUUGCGAGCCCCAACAUGCACUCUGUCUUGGUUCACUAUCAGAAGAAACACCCUGAAGAAAAGGCCUCGUACUUUAGGAUCCAGAAAACCAUGCGCAUGGUGUCUGUGGACAGAGGCUCUGCCCUUUCCCAAUUAUCAUUUGAGGUGGGUGCUCCAAUGUCUCCCAAAAUGUCCAACAUGGGUUCCCCACCCCCCCCACAGCCCCCGCCACCAGACCUCAGUAUUGAGCUUUACUACUGCAAACACUGCUCCUACAGCAAUCGGUCAGUUGUGGGGGUGCUUGUUCACUACCAGAAAAGACACCCAGAAAUAAAGGUCACUGCCAAAUAUAUCAGACAGGCUCCUCCCACAGCUGCAAUGAUGAGAGGGGCUGAAGGGCUCCAAGAUUCCCCUCGGCCUCCUGCUCCCUUGCAGCUGAACAGUUCUGAGAGAGAUUGCCCUCCUGUGGAGACUGAGAUGUUUUUUUGCCAGCACUGUGAUUAUGGGAACCGGACGGUCAAAGGCGUCCUCAUUCAUUAUCAGAAGAAGCACCGGGACUUCAAGGCCAAUGCCGAUGUGAUCAGGCAGCACACAGCCACCAUCCGAAGCCUCUGUGACCGGAACCAGAAGCCUGCCAGCUGUGUGCUUCUCCCUGCUUCCGGUAUGGAGCGGGACAAAACGAAACUUCGAGCGCUCAAAUGUAGGCAGUGCUCGUAUACCUCCCCCUAUUUCUAUGCACUGAGGAAGCAUAUCAAGAAAGACCACCCUGCCCUGAAGGCCACAGUCACGUCCAUCAUGCGGUGGGCAUUUCUAGAUGGCUUGAUAGAAGCUGGCUACCACUGCGAGUGGUGUAUCUACUCCCACAUGGAGCCCAGUGGUUUGCUCCUGCAUUAUCAGAGGAGACACCCUGAGCAUUAUGUAGAUUAUACUUAUAUGGCUACCAAACUCUGGGCUGGGCCAGACCCAUCCUCUCCCACUCUUACCAUGUCAGCUGAAGCCAAAACAUACAGAUGCAGGGACUGCGUUUUUGAAGCCGUCUCCAUCUGGGACAUCACAAACCAUUACCAAGCGUUCCACCCCUGGGCCAUGAAUGGUGAUGAGUCUGUGUUGCUGGAUAUCAUCAAGGAGAAAGACGGUGUAGACAAGGCCCUCCUGGCACCUGAAGAGUUGAUAGGCCCUGUGAAUUGUGAAAAUAGUAUACCCAACCCCCUUCCCGAGCAGGAAGCUGAGUGCCCAGAGGAUGCAAGACUUUCCCCAGAGAAAAGCAUUCAUCUGGCUUCAGCUAACCCUGCUAUAUCUUCCACCCCAUACCAGUGUACAGUGUGCCAGUCCGAGUACAACAACUUGCACGGCCUCCUCACCCAUUACGGGAAGAAGCAUCCUGGUAUGAAAGUGAAGGCUGCUGAUUUUGCCCAGGAUAUUGACAUCAACCCAGGUGCCGUCUACAAAUGCAGGCAUUGUCCGUACAUCAACACUCGCAUCCAUGGCGUCCUGACCCACUAUCAGAAGCGACACCCGGCCAUCAAGGUGACCGCUGAGGACUUUGUGCAUGAUGUGGAGCAGUCUGCUGACAUAUCCCAGAAUGACGUGGAGGAGACAAGUAGGAUUUUUAAACAAGGGUAUGGUGCCUACCGGUGCAAGCUGUGUCCUUACACACACGGCACUCUGGAGAAACUCAAAAUCCACUAUGAGAAGUACCACAACCAGCCUGAGUUUGAUGUCUUUUCCCCGCCUCCUCCGAAGCUGCCAGUGUCCCUUGAACCUGAGAUAACCACUGAAGUGAGCCCCUCCCAGGUCUCCGUGACGGAGGAGGAGGUGGGAGAGGAUCCUAUGUCCACUGCUCACUUCUCUACCUCGCAUCUGGUCUCCCACACUGUGUUCCGGUGCCAGCUCUGCAAGUACUUCUGUUCCACUAGGAAGGGCAUUGCCAGGCACUACCGGAUCAAGCACAAUAAUGUCCGUGCCCAGCCCGAGGGCAAAAACAAUCUCUUCAAGUGUGCCCUGUGUGCCUACACCAACCCCAUCCGCAAGGGACUGGCAGCCCACUACCAGAAGCGCCACGACAUUGAUGCAUAUUACACCCACUGCCUUGCGGCCUCCAGGACCAUCAGUGACAAGCCCAACAAGGUGAUCAUCCCAUCCCCACCCAAAGAUGACUCUCCUCAGCUGAGCGAGGAACUCCGGCGGGCUGUGGAGAAGAAAAAGUGCUCCUUAUGUUCCUUCCAGUCCUUCAGCAAGAAAGGCAUUGUGUCCCAUUAUAUGAAGCGCCACCCGGGGGUGUUCCCAAAGAAGCAGCAUGCCAGCAAGUUGGGGGGCUACUUCACAGCGGUCUACGCAGAUGAACACGAGAAACCCCCACUGAUGGAAGAAGAGGAGAGAAGCAGCUUUGAGAGGGCCGAGGUGGAAGGCGAAGCUCAAGACAUCGAGUGGCUCCCGUUCCGCUGCAUCAAAUGCUUCAAGCUGUCCUUCAGCACGGCGGAGUUGCUGUGCAUGCAUUACACAGACCACCACAGCAGGGACUUAAAGAGGGACUUCGUCAUCCUAGGCAGCGGCCCCCGCUUCCAGAACUCCACCUUCCAGUGUAAGCACUGUGAUAGCAAAUUGCAAAGCAUAGCCGAGCUGACCUCACACUUGAACAUCCACAAUGAGGAAUUCCAGAAGCGUGCCAAACGCCAGGAGAGGAGGAAACAGCUUUUGAGCAAGCAGAAAUAUGCAGAUGGUGCUUUUGCAGAUUUCAAACAAGAGAGGCCUUUUGGUCACUUAGAAGAGGUGCCAAAGAUCAAGGAGAGGAAAGUGGUGGGCUACAAGUGUAAAUUCUGCGUGGAAGUGCAUCCAACGCUUCGGGCCAUCUGUAACCACCUCCGGAAACAUGUCCAGUAUGGUAGCGUCCCGGCUGUGUCGGCUGCUGUGAAGCAGGAGGCUGAAGACCCUUCCCACCUGUUCCUGGAUGGAUUGGAAGCAGCCAGAGACGCCAGUGGCACACUGGUGGGCCGGGUGGAUGGUGGACACUGCUUGCUUGAUGCAAUGUUGGAGGAUGAAACCCGGCCGGGGGGAUACCAUUGCAGUCAAUGUGACCGGGUCCUGAUGUCCAUGCAGGGGCUGCGUUCUCAUGAGAGGAGCCACCUGGCCUUGGCCAUGUUUACCAGAGAGGACAAGUACAGCUGCCAGUAUUGCUCCUUUGUUUCUGCAUUCAGACACAACUUGGAUCGCCAUAUGCAGACCCAUCACGGACACCACAAACCGUUCCGCUGCAAACUCUGCUCUUUCAAGUCCUCCUACAACAGCCGGUUGAAGACACACAUCCUCAAAGCCCAUGCUGGUGAACAUGCCUACAAGUGUUCUUGGUGCUCAUUUUCCACCAUGACAAUCAGCCAGUUGAAGGAACAUUCCCUCAAGGUCCAUGGCAAAGCCCUGACCCUUCCCCGGCCACGGAUUGUCAGUCUCCUCUCCUCACAUGCUCACCCCUCCUCCCAGAAGGCCACUCCAGCCGAAGAAGUGGAAGACUCCAAUGACUCCUCUUACUCGGAGCCCCCCGAUGUUCAGCAGCAGCUGAAUCACUACCAGUCAGCCGCCCUGGCAAGAAACAAGAGCCGCGUUAGCCCUGUGCCUCCUUCUGGGACUGCUGCUGGCACGGAACAGAAGGCAGAAGCCGUUCUUCACUGCGAAUUCUGUGAAUUCUCCUCUGGCUACAUCCAGAGCAUCAGGCGCCAUUACCGGGACAAGCACGGUGGGAAGAAGCUUUUCAAAUGCAAAGACUGCUCCUUUUACACCGGCUUUAAAUCUGCUUUUACUAUGCACGUGGAAGCUGGGCAUUCGGCGGUCCCGGAGGAAGGCCCCAAAGAUCUCCGCUGUCCUCUCUGCCUCUAUCACACCAAAUACAAACGCAACAUGAUCGACCACAUAGUGCUGCACCGAGAAGAGCGAGUUGUCCCCAUUGAAGUGUGCCGUUCCAAACUGUCAAAAUACUUGCAGGGAGUAGUUUUCCGCUGUGAUAAGUGUACCUUCACCUGCUCCAGUGACGAGAGUCUCCAGCAACACAUAGAAAAGCACAAUGAACUGAAACCGUACAAAUGCCAGCUCUGCUACUAUGAGACCAAGCACACGGAGGAACUGGACACUCACCUUCGGGAUGAGCACAAGGUGAGCCGGAACUUUGAGCUGGUUGGCCGGGUGAACUUGGAUCAGCUGGAACAGAUGAAGGAGAAGAUUGAGAGUUCCAGCAGCGAGGACGAGGACAAGGACGACGAAAUGAGCAGCAAGGCUGAGGACAGAGAGCUGAUGAGAUUUGCAGACCGGGGGCCUGGUGUGAACACAGAGAAGCGAUUUCCAUGUGAAUUCUGUGGACGGGCGUUCUCACAGGGCUCUGAGUGGGAAAGACACGUGUUGAGACACGGCAUGUCAUUGCAUGAUACCAACCAAGUGAGCAGGAACGAAAUCCAUACAAAGGAGAUGGUGGAGGAGAGUAUGCAGCUGCCCUCCAUAGAGGCCAAGGAAGACGAUGAGCCAAUUGGGAUAGACUUUCCCUUAAAGAGCGAAACAGUAACCAUCUGUGUAGUGGCUGCCGACAAAUCUCUCCUGGAGGAUGCAGAGGCCAAAAACGAAUAAGAGUUUGGUGAAAUUCUUAUCAAACCUUACUUGAACCGUGAUGAAAAUGUGGGCGGGCCGGCGUGGGCUGAGAAGGGAGGGGACAGACAGAGGAGAGAAGAAGACAGAACAAAGCUGCUUUUAGGACUGAACAAUCUAUUUUCAAAGCACUGGUACCUGUGUGAGUGAGUAUGUAAAUUAAAGUUAUUUAAAUGGUUGGAAUAUGUGGCUCCUUUCCUGUCACGACAUCCUUCCUUCCGGAUCUUCACCACGGAGAUUUUCAUCUGCUGCGGUUUGGGAAGUACCUCCCGUGGGCACGGUGGUCUCCGUGACCCUCUCGGACAGUGUGUGGAAACCGAGGCUCCCGGACACAGAAGACUUCUCCUAGGGGAACAACUUUUGGGCGCACAACUUUCUGUGCGUUUUUCUAGUUUUAAUACCUUAAGCUUUUUCAAGACCUAACUGCAGCCGCUUUGGGAGAAAAAAAAAUAACAAAACAGAAAACAAACAAAAAAAAACUGCUUUGCAUAAAACAGUCACCUGUUUCCUAGUACCUCAGACUUAACCAAGGGAAUUCUCUGCAUUUGUCUGUACUACCUGUGGCCCUUGUGGUUAAAUGUAGAGAGAACUGCUGGACAGGAUGGUGAAUGGAGAAAAAAAAAGAGUUUUAAAGAAAGGAACACAAAUUGUGCUUAAAAUCCCCACGUGGGUUUUAUUUCUUAAAAUACUGUGAUUUUUUUAAUUAUUUUAGUAAAAAACAAAACAAAAAAAAAAGAAACAGACUUUAAUUACUAGAUAACUGUGUGUGAAUUGUCAUCUUGUAUUCCAGGUAAGCUGUUUAUUAGUGUUCAGCUAUAAUUUAGAAUUUGGUAGGUUCAUGUGAACUAAUUUUAUGGUGAUCGUGGGAUUUCGUUGGCCACAUGUUUAUUUUUUUCUCGAUUUGAGUGUUACAAACACAGCACAAAUUCAGUUGUUCUUUCUUCAUAUGAGUUGUUCUCUGUGUGUUUGUUUAAUUUGAGGUCAAGGGAGAGUUAGAGGGUGUAGGGUGUGUGUGUGUAUGUAUGUGUGUGUGUGUGAAUUUUUAUAAUUUUAAACAUGAACAUAACAAAGAGGUUAACUUCCUUUUAAAUUUGUUUUUGUGUUUGUUUGCUUUUUAAUUUAACUAAAGAACCAAACUCCGAGCACAGCUAUGCAGUGGGGGGGGCCAGACAAGGAGGUCCCGUCACCCUUUUGGGUUUGUUUGUUUUUUUUUUUUCUCAAAGCAACACAUUUCGUCUCCCCAACGAUUUCUGUUACAUUGGGCUGGCCUUCGUGUGUGCUGUGAACUCUGUUUUGUUUGCUUUGUGUAUUGUGAGGCUGUCUCAUUUCUUUGGGGAGCCAUCCCUUCCGUGAGCUUGGACAGGAGAUGCCGCAUCCUGCAGGGAGCCUGGAAAAGUGCUUUGUCUGCGCAUCUAGCUGCUCUGUUUCCCCACAGUGGCUUCGUUUAUUUUAUUUUAUUUUUUUCCAAGAGCAGCUUAGACUGAAAGCAAGUCUACAUUUAUAGCACAUUAUGAUUGUGAAAAUGGGGUUUUGUUCCAAAAAGUGGAAAGGAACAUUCUUGAAGCUUAGGGGCGUGUGUGUGUGGGUGGGUGGGUGUGUGCGCGUGCGCACAUACGUGUGCUGGUGUUUGGAUGUAUGUGUGUGGGCAAAUAUGAGUCCUAGGUUUUGUUUCUUUUGUUGUCCUUGUUUGGGUUUUUGUUUGUUUGUUUUUUUUAACUUGGAAGGGUUGAUGGGGUGGGGGGCGGGCCAGAAGGGAAAGAGGGUAAACUGAGGUGUCAGUGUCCCACACAGCUUCAGAGAAAAUCCAUGGAAAGAUAUCGCAUUUGUGAAGUAAGUACGUACUUGAAAAGCAUGAUCUUGGUUUUGCUUUGUUUUUAUUUUUUAUUUUUGUUUUUAUUUUUGAUUUUUAGUUUUUGCUAUUAAGAAUUUUUAUUUGUAGGAUGUUUAAUUUAAUUUUGUUUUUAGGGAUGGGGCCGUCAUGUGGAAACCAGAACAGGGGGAAGUGUGAAAUAUCUAGACAGAUUCUUCUGUGUCCUUACUCGCUUUUGAUUGGCCUCAUUUCAAAUGUACUAAACAGUUUCAUACCUGGACUGGAUGUCUGUGAUGGUUACCAAAAACAAACAAAACAACGAAAGGAAAAGAGAAAAUAAUUGUGACAUGCUUCUAUCACUACUUUAUUUUUCAAAUAACAUGUAAAUAUUGUAAUCCAUUGGAUUUUGUUUUGCUAACCUGAUAAUAAAAAUAUGGGACCAUUAUCCUUUUAACAAGGCUAGGAUGUCAUUUUUUUGUUUUAUUUUUCAAACAUAUACCUGAUAUUUUGUGGCCGCACAUUUUGGACGCAUUCUGUUUUCUGUUGACUGUAAUGACAUAGAAUUUACAAAAUUUUUUGUUGUUGUUGUUUAAUUUAUACAGAGGACAUUUUUUUUUCCAGAGCUUGAGAGAAGAAAAUAAAUAGCAAAAUGAUAACCUAUUGACUCCAAUAAUCAGUGUUUCCUGAAACUUGAUGAAAGAUAGGGGGAUCCUGACUCCUUGAAGCCAAGGGUUUAAACACAAAAAAAAUAAAAUAAAAAAAUAAAUAAAAAUAAAAAACACAAGUAGGUUAUUCAAGUUGUUUGCAACAUACAUUUUGUAAUGAGAUGUGAGAAAUUAAUAAAGAAUUUUUUUCACAUGUA